AAGUAUCUUUUCAAACUUUCUUUUCUAAUUUUCCUCACCAUCAUCAGGCUAUGGGGCUGUGGAUUAUCUUCCCCAUCUCCCUCGCCCUGGUGUCCUUCAUAGGAACAUGGAGUGUAUAUGGCAUUGCUCUCUCCCACUAUCAUGUAUGCCCUCUCGGUUACUGGGGACACGACAACUACUGCAGAGGGAACUGGACCACUGGAUGUUGUCUGGCUCCCACUAUAAGCUCAAGUGGAACAAAUGCACCAGAAAGUUCACUUUUUUCUGCUACAAUCAACGCAGGAGCCUUUCUGUUCUUGCUCUUCUGCAUAUUCCAUCAUGCACACAUCAUGGAGAGAAACUUGAGUCAAAUUGUGAUGAGCAAGAUUGCUCUGGUGUUUGGCGUGGUAGCAGCCAUGGGGGCUUUUGCAGCUGGUAACUGCAAUCCGGGUUAUCUGGCCGUCUUGCACUACUUUGGAGCUGCCGUCAGCUUCGUUUGCAUCUGCUCCUACACCGUCCUGCUGACCUGGAUGACCAGGAAGUGUGCACUGACAGGAUAUGAGAAGGUUCUCUACCCAUUUCGCAUCAUCUCCACUGUGGUCCAAGCCAUCGUCACCAUCUGCUACAUGGUUCUGUUUCUCCAGGAGGAAUACUUCUACGUUCACCUGUCUGCCGUAUUCGAGUGGAUGCUGAGUGUAAACCUGGAGCUGUUUGAGCUCAGCUAUGCCGUAGAGUUUUGUUUCUUCUCAUCCUACAUGAUUUCAAACCUGCUGACUGAACGGGAGGAGGAGAAACCGUUGAUGAUGACUCUGUCGUGAUAUGAGGCAGCCAGAGUCCAGCGGAAGCAGGAGGGCGCUGAGGAUGGACUGAGUCAGACAUCUAUAAAGACUGUGGCUGGAUCCUGGCUGAGGGACUAACAUUAUUUCUUAACACUUUGCAUUUCUGGACUUAUAUCUGCUAAUGGAAAUUUCCCCAUUGGCCUUAAAUUUGAGGGUUUUCUGUUCGAGGAGAAUUUGUUUCUCUUGUUAAAGAAUAAUUAUUAUUUAU